CAGCUGAAGAACAAAUUUCCCAAAACCCUAAAAAAACUAUGGCUUCAACCUCUAAUCGCCAUGUCGAGGGUACUGCUGGUAGGAUCAAAACAGCCUCUAGCAAUAUUUUCAAUGAUAAUCAGGCUCUCGUCGGUGAAAUUAGGAAAGUUUCAACGAUGAUUAAAGGAGUAGCCGUCGAUUUGGAGAAAGAGAAUCGAUCUCAAAUGGUGAAAGAGCUUGAAGAUGCUGUCAUCGAGUUACUGAAAACAUCGAAUGAUUGCGCACAUUUCUCAUCUGCAGUCCAAACUGUUGGGAAUUCUUACCUCUCCAUUCUCUUUUCCCCUUUGUUCCGGAAUUUAACCGAUUUUAAGAAAUUGUUUGACGAGGAAGAAACGAAAACGAAGGCUGCUAACCCUUUGAAUCUUCAGAACAAUUCAUCUCUACAUCAGUUCAGAGAAGCUAUUUGGAAUGUUCACCAUGCAGGUCAGCCAAUGCCUGGUGACGAGCAGGAGGACAUCGUCAUGACAAGCACUCAGACUAGCAUUUUAAAUAUCACAUGUCCAGUAAGUGGAAAGCCUAUUACUGAACUACAAGAUCCUGUUCGGAGGUUUGUUAUGUCCAGGGUGUCGUAUCCAGAGCUGGCUUUAAGGGUGCAGUGA